AGAUGCAGAGAUAAUCAUUCAAACUGACGGUCACUGCCGUAUUCAUCAAGACUGACACGGGAUCGGGAACACCGCCCUCUGGAGCCAAAACAUUGAAAAUGGAUACCGACGGUGCUCCUGAAAAUGCUGAUGAUAAUGGGGGGUUCCCAGUUACUCCGCAGCCUCAGAACCAAAGUACAAGGAGCAGUAAGAGCUCGAAGAACAAAUACCGUGACCGGGACACGGACGAAGACAGCGAGCGUGGCCACAGGGGGCGACGUGGUCGGCGACAUCGAAACCGAGAGGAUUCAGAGAAUGAUGGAGAAAAUAGGAGACACAGCAAAAGACAUUCUCAUGUAGAACGAUCAGUAACCAUAGCAACGCACGGAGCUACAACCGACGAGGACAGAGAUGAGGUAAUCGAGGUGCAGAUCCUACCUCAAGAUGACAACUGGGGUGACAACACCACCGCCAUCACCGGCACGUCAGAUCGAUCGUCUAAUGAGGAUCUCUCUAGGCUGGCAAAGAGCAUGGAUUCAAGCAUCGGUUUUGACUGCACACGAUACUUUCCAAUCGUCCUCUUUGUCGUUUUAUCCCUCGUCGGUUUCGUCUCUCCGGUAGCGUUUGUGGUGAUUCCGCCACUUCUAUGGGAACCUGGCGAUUGCGGCAUCCACUGCGAUGGACUCUUCAUCAGCAUGGCUUUCAAAUUAGUCAUCCUUGCAGUCGGAAGCUGGGCGCUGUUCUUCCGCAAACCCAGAUCAACGAUGCCGCGAGUCUACCUCUACCGCCUUGUCAUGAUGGUGGCCAUCUUUGUGCUGCUCCUGGCAUACUGGCUCUUCUUCAUCAUGCGCGUUGUGUUGCCACAAGACACCAACUACGCCGCGAUUGUCUCGUAUGCAGUGUCAUUGGCCGAUGCUUUGCUCUUCAUGCAUUAUAUAGCAGUAAUAAUGUUUGAGUUGCGGCAUCUCCAGCCUGUGUAUAUGCUGAAGGUUGUUCGCUCACCAGAUGGUAUGAGUCGUUACUACUCGAUAGGUCAGCUUAGCAUCCAGCGCAGCGCAGCUCAUGUCUUAGAACACUAUUAUCGUGACUUUCAAAUUUACAAUUCUCACCUUCUUCGUGUGCCAACAACAUCGCGUGUGGCCCAGAAGCUAAGUAACUUUAAGUUUUAUGAUGUGGACGGUGGCGGGGGCAAUGAUAACGUCACCGGUCAUUCACGGGCAAUUAUGACCACUGCUGCGCAUCGGCGUGAUCAGAGCAGGAAUGAGAGGUUCUACGAAGAGCAGGAGUAUGAGAGGCGUGUCAAAAAGCGCAAGGCAAGGUUGCUCGUCGCGGCGGAAGAAGCCUUCACGCACAUCAAGCGUGUCCAUGAAGACACGCAUCCAGGCAAUCAUGCAAUGGAUCCAACAGAAGCAGCGCAGUCUAUCUUUCCAUCGCUAGCCCGCCCUCUACAGAAAUACCUACGCAUCACUCGACAGCAACCGAGAUGGCCAAUGGACGCUGUCAUGGAUCAUCUUGCUGUCUGUAUCAGCUACAAUCUGGCUCCACGAUCCUUCCUGGAGACCUUCUUUCAACCUGGUCCCAACGUUCUUUUAUCGGAACACCAUCACAACCCUGUCCAAGGUUGGGAACUGGUUUCUGACACCCAGGUGAAUGGCACCCUCAAGGAGGGAACAACCUUUCAACUCAGACAGGGUGAGGUCCUGCUCCAGGUAUUUGUCAUGAAGAUACCUCACUAUAAGAUCAGAGAAGAAGUCUUUGACUACAAGAAGAAUCGCUUCGCGCUGCGCCUUCAGUCUGAGACAUCAGUCUGAUCUAAAAACCUUGAAGAUGCUGCUUUAGAAACCCUGACAAGGUAAACAGUAUGGACGAAGUCAGUCAUUGUUGUAAUGGUCGUCGAUGUCUUUAAAGUAUUUUAUCUGCUUCAGUGUAUGUGUGUCAUGGUAUCGACAGAAGAAGUGACAGUUACCAAUUCCUUAUCCACAUUAUGUCCACUGAUAAGUACCUUGAAGAACUCUCAGCAAUUCUCCUGGGAGCAUUUCAUGAAACAAUAGUGAUUCUCACUGAACUGUUAUAAGCUAUUGAAAUCCUUGCAUCUGAUUGGCUGAGAACAAAUCAGUCAGUGAAGAUCACUAAGUAUGACAUAGUUCCUGCUAAAAGCUGUAGCUUUAGAAUGGCCCAGGGCUCCGUAACACAAAGGUGUGCUAUGAAUUGCAAGUAUGAAAGAACCGCAUUGAUUGGUUCCCGGUCAGUAUUUUAAACAGAGUGCGCGUGCAGCGACGAUCUUGAUUGGUCAUUGGUAUUUCCUAUUGAUUACAAACCUUUAUGUUAUGGAGCCCAGGUCUGUGCUAGGGUAUUAUACUUUGAGUACUGACUUUAAUAGAGGGUACAUGAAUAUGUAAAGUGGGCUGAGAUGUCAACCAAAAUUGUGGUGUGUCUGUGACCAUAUUUGUGUCAUGGUGUACAUGUAUAUCUAGAUCAAUCUUGUCACUUUAAAAUUUCACACAUUCAAGGGAGUCGUGUCCUGGGUGACCUUCCAGUGUGACCUUUGGACUAACGGCUGUGCAUGUGGCUACAUGGAACACGGAAUUUGAUUUGAUUUAUUUUCACCCUUGUACAUGUACUAUGGUCAAGCAGCAAGCCAGCAGAGCCUACUAUUAUGUUUCUUCAGGGGAAGGAUCAUGCUUUCAAAUGUUCAUUACUUUUCUCUUCUCCUUCUCCCCCUCCAGUACUUGUGUUAUACUGGCUUCCUUGGUACAUAAUUCAGCAUGUGUUUAUUUAUUUGAUUUUCCAGUCAAGCAAUGGUUUUUAACCCACUAAGGAACACUUCCAGUGGUGUAUCUGAAAAGGGGGAGUGGGAUGUGCGCUAUUCAUAUUCAAUUUAAGUGCUGCCUUGUAAAAAAAUUGUAUUCAGAAUGAUAUUUCUUGAAAUCUUAAAGAUACUUGUGCACAUUAUUUCAUGCAUCCUAGUGAUGUGUUUUUAGUGGACAUCACAAAUUUUGAGGUAAUCUAGUAGAUGUACAUUACACGUAUUGGUUAUGUACUUACCGCUGUUCAUGUGGGAUCUUUAUCGUAGCAUGGUGAGUCAUCCUUCACUGUAUAUAAUUCAUCAAGUGUAUUGUUCUAAUUGGUCUGUGUGCACAAAAACAUUGCUCUUCGUCAUCUUCUAUUUAUUGGAUUCACUUUACAAAAGUUAAGGUUCUGUCACAUCGUUCAUUGCAAACCUUGCCUGUGACUUGCAGAUGGCAAAUUUUGUUGCCUGCAGGUUGCCUGCAUUGACAGUAUCUCGCACGCAGUUGCCCGCAGAAGCGCACGCAAGUUUGAUUUGCACGCAGAAAAGUUUUGAACAUGCUCAAAACUUUGUUGUGUGAGAGUUGCCUCACCCGCAAGGCUUCUGGAACAAUGUGUCAGGGCCUUAAGAACAUGUGUUUCACACUUGAAAUCCCUCAAGCUCAUUUUCAUUGCUAAUCCUCAUGUUUCGUCUUAGACAAAACAAUGGGGAUAUGUUUUAAGAGCCACUGUGACACAUCUUAUUUCUACUAGUAUUCAAUGGGAUCCCUGUUAAAGAUGAAUAGCUAUGAAACCUUUCUGACAUAAUAGACCCUGCUUUGACUCCUCCAAACACUAAGAAUUUUUGCCAAAAUUGUAUGCAGUGCCAUAUCUUCUCUCUCUAAUGAGAUAUUCAUGAAAAAGACAAAAGGAUUAAGAAUUCAUUGAAGUUUUAUCCACUCUUACUGAUCCUUUUCUUCUUAUUUCUUGACAAAAUUGAUAUUUCACCAAGAUAUUUGCAUUGCUUUGCCAACCUAAUUAGUGUCUAUUAAAGUUGACAACUGGCAUUCCAUAAACAUGUGAUCUAAAGACUAAUGCAAGCAAGUUAAUCCAGUGAUAACUCAAUCAGUGCUACGAGUAUGGGAAUAGCACCUUUUGUGUUUGUAGUCUUGGCCGUUGGCACAACGCUUCUUAUUUCUGAGGUGCUUUAAUACUUGUAAGCAAUUAAAAACUUAGCUAUGAUUGUAGAUCAAAUUGUUGCUAGUGAGUGCAUUUACCACAAUGCACAAAUCAAUUUGUAAAAUCAGUCAUACAUUUAAUGCUUAGUUUUGUAUUUUUUAGACCUAGUAAUUUGGAAGUACAUCCCACUUUCCAGCUAGUCUUGUCACCAGGCUUCAUGAUAAUGCACAACCUUGAUAAUAGACCAGUUCGUAGUUACUUCAUGGACAAUUUUGAUCAAAUGACCUUUCAUUUCUUUCAUUAUGAUAGGCAGAUUUCAAAGCAAGAUAUUACGUUAACAUGUCUUACAUAGCAGGAUGAAGAAAUUGAAUGGACCAGGUGACUAGAAUAGCACACCAAUGAAAACUUUAUGAAGGUACUUGUUGCAUUCCUACUUUGAAUGCAUAUCAUAGCAUGUUGCACAAUGUACUUGGCAAACUGUGAAAUACCAGUCGUUCGUGGACGCAUUGUUGUUGUUUUUUGGAUGUAAAGGAAAAACACAAUUCAAAAGAAUAUAUGAAUAAUCAAGACAUCAAAGUUGGUGCUUAUCUCAUUAGAUUUUAAACCAUCAUGUCACUUUAGUACAAAUGACCUUCCUCUGAUCAUGCGCAAAAUCGUUUGAUCAUGCGCAGAAAGGAACUACGAACUGGCUUAUUUAUAAUUCAUGACACUUUUUUUUUUCACUUUAUAGGUAGGUCCAGACUAUAACUAAGAUUUGUUGUGUACUUUUGAAGGUCACAUUUCAACAUAGGAAAACAACGUUUCAGAUCCUCAUCAUAGAUAACUUGGCGUAUUUAUUGACAUUUUGCAAAACAAUUAGCAAUUGGUUGUUUGUAUUACGGUACUGUUCUGUGGAAAGGUAUCUUUAAUCUUGUAGUACUUGUACUAUUUUUUU